AUGCUUUCCAGAUCUGUGCGUACACAUAAGGGAGUUUCCAAGCUCUCGGCGACUCUUGGAACCACUUCAAGACGCUUGAUGAGUUUUUCGGCAGUCAGACUGCCGCUGCAGACUGCUAGUGCUCAAAACUGUACGUUAUUGGGCGGUGCGAAGAGCAUGCCGAGUUUUGAACAAUACGGGCUGAAGCGCGCGUUGGGUGUGCGUCUGGAGUCUACAGUAGUUAACGUGCCUCCUAUGGCUGAGUCUCUGACGGAAGGGUCUCUUAAGGAGUUCACAAAGCAAGUCGGCGAUUUCGUGAAGCAGGAUGAGCUGCUUGCGACGAUCGAAACCGAUAAGAUCGACGUUGAGGUCAACUCACCCGUGACCGGUAAAGUCACCAAGCUUAACUUCCAGCCGGAUGACACCGUUACGGUGGGUGAGGCGCUGGCCGAAAUUGAGCCCGGCGAAGCGCCCUCUGGCUCUGGCUCGGAAGCGGCCUCUGAGGGGACCCCAGCGCCUCAGAAGGAGGAGCCUAAGAAGGAAGAGCCCAAAAAGGAAGAGCCCAAAAAGGAAGAGCCCAAAAAGGAAGAGCCCAAAAAGGAAGAGCCAAAGAAGGCAGAGCCAAAGAAGGAGACCAAGCCAGCGCAGGAGCCUUCAAAGCCUCAAGAACAACCGAGCUGCUCUCCUUCGGCCUCCACGGGCCAGUUCUCGCGCGGUGAGCGUAGAGUUAAAAUGAACCGCAUGCGUAUGAGAAUCGCAGAGAGACUAAAGGAGUCUCAAAAUACCGCCGCUUCUUUGACCACCUUUAACGAGUGUGACAUGUCUGCCGUUUUGGAAAUGCGCAAGUUGUACAAAGACGAAAUUAUAAAAAAGACUGGUAUCAAGUUUGGUUUCAUGGGUCUUUUCACCAAGGCCUGCACUUUGGCCGCCAAAAAUAUGCCUAGUGUCAACGGGGCUAUUGACGGCGACCAAAUCGUGUACCGCGACUACUCCGACGUUUCCAUCGCUGUUGCCACGCCUAAGGGUCUUGUUACGCCCGUUGUUCGUAACGCUGAAUCUCUUUCCGUGCUAGAAGUCGAAGAGGAGAUUUCGAGAUUGGGCAAGAAAGCUCGUGAUGGUAAAUUGACUCUCGAAGACAUGACCGGUGGUACUUUCACGAUCUCGAAUGGUGGUGUGUUUGGGUCCCUCUACGGUACUCCAAUCAUAAACAUGCCUCAGACUGCCGUCUUAGGUUUGCACGGUGUUAAAGAGAGACCAGUCACUGUGAAUGGCCAGAUUGUGUCAAGACCAAUGAUGUACCUAGCGCUAACCUACGACCACAGACUUCUUGACGGAAGAGAAGCCGUUACUUUCCUAAAGACGGUUAAGGAAUUGAUUGAGGAUCCAAGAAAAAUGACUUUGAUGUAA